AUGUUUCUAAACAUGGCAGGUCGCAGUGGUUUUGACGAUGGUAAUCUAAGGGACUAUGGAGGCGGUAGGAGAACAGUGGGAGGCCGCCAGCUCCCGACAGAGCCUCCCUAUAAAGCUUAUGUCGGAAAUUUACCCUCGGGUAUCAUCCAAGGCGACAUGAACAGAAUCUUUCCUGACCUGGCAAUUAAAAAUGUAAGGCUGGUUAUGGAUAAAGAAACGGACAAAUUCAAAGGCUUCUGCUAUGUGGAAUUUGAAUAUUUAGAAGAUUUGGUCAAGGCAAUCGAAAUGAACGGAUCUCUCAACGUAGAUGGUAAAUUUGUCAAAAUUGAUGUUGCCGAAGACAAAAGAAGUGACAGAGGGGGCGGGUUUGACCGCGGCCGACGCGAUGGGGGACGUGACGGGCCGCGCGAAGGGCGCGAAGGGCGCGGGGGUGGCGGUGGCGGCGGCGGUGCAGGUGGUGGCGGCGGCGGCGGCGGCGGCUUUCGGCGGGAGGGGCGCGGUACGUACGAGCACUUCGACGCCGCCGAGCGCCGUGCGCCGAGGACCCAGGGUGGUGGCGGGUUCACACAUGAUGCGGCAGAACGUGAGCGAGGCGGGGGCUCGAGCGGCGAGCGGUGGAACGACCGCGGCGAGCGGUGGAGCGGCGACCGCGCGGCGCGGGGCGCGUCCGAGGAGUCGCGCAGCGGCGAGUGGAGCCGCAUGGGCCGCGCCGGGCCCGCGCCGCCCGCGCGCGCGCCGCCGCCGCGCCGGAACUUCGACGACAUGCCCGCCGCCAGACCGGAUACGUCUGGAAGACCAAAGCUGAAACUGGAGCCGCGAACGGUUAAGGAGCCCGUUAACUCAUUAGCUUCGACCAGCCAGGCCUCGUCAAUAUUCGGAGGCGCGCGGCCGCGAGAGGAACGGCUCAAGGAGCUGGCGGGCGAGUAAAUCCCCCUCCCUCGGCCCCCCUCCCCUCCGCACCCUCUCCUGUGUGUAUAUGUAUCGUCCAGACGCCCGCCACAGUACACUAUGUAUUUACCCUCCCCACGACAAAAGUGCAGAGUUAUUGUAAAUGAACCAGAAAGAUUUUGUUAGGUUGUGAGGUUGUAAAUCAUUUCUAUCGUAUAUCUAUUUUAUUAGCUUUAUUGAGUAUCGCUUGUAUCGCGCGCGACAACGCUCGUUUUUGGGCGGAGCGCCUGCACUCCACUCGGUCUACGCGUUGUAUUAAAAUUGCUAGUUUUCGUUGAUGACUUCACGUAUUGUCCGGGCUUGUGUGUAUGAUAAACUUAGCUUGCAUAAUAUAUUUCAAAAUUCAACUCUUUAAGUAAAUCGUUUCUUUUGUUUGUAAUGUUGUCACUUGGGUGAUUCAAACAUAAUUAUUUUUUUAACAGUUUGGCAAUAUGAGAUUUUAAUUAAUUCUCUGUUGUAAUGGAUUGUCUUUUUAUUAUUGUUUAAUUUGUUAAGUCUUGAAAAUUAAUCAUUGAAUGAGUAAUAAUGAAACAUAAUUUAAGUGAUGUAAUUAUGGUGUCAUUAAUAAAUUAAACUUCCACGUUAAUGGAUUUCUACUUUAUUAGAUAUUGUGUAAUGUCAUAAAUUACGUGGCAGAUAAAAAAAAAUCGCAAAAUUGUAACUGAACAUAGAAAAAUUAAUAAAAAGUGAAUUCUUUGUAACCAGGAAUUUAUCUGAAGUUCCAGUAAACCUUUCCGAUUCCGAAAUCCUUUGCUAGAUCCAUUAAUUUAUUUAGUGUU